AUGAGAAGACUUGCCGUUCUUGUGGGUCGAGCUUUAGAGUUCGGAGAGCCAAUAUUACUUGUUGGUGAUACUGGUUGCGGGAAAACCACCAUAUGCCAGCUAUUUGCAGCAUUGUCAAACCAACCAUUGUAUUCUGUGAACUGCCACCAACACAUGGAAACCUCAGACUUUUUGGGUGGACUACGACCUAUUAGACAUAAAUCCAAGGGUAAAGAUGAUCUAGAAAACACAAGACUAUUUGAGUGGCACGAUGGUCCUUUAGUUUUGGCUUUGAGAGAAGAUAGCUUUUUCCUGAUGGAUGAGAUCUCUUUAGCAGAUGACUCUGUGUUGGAGAGGUUAAACAGUGUUCUGGAAGUUGAAAAGACAUUGGUAUUGGCUGAAAAGGGAAGUGAAGAGGAUGAUGGUGAUGUUGAGUUCCUAACAGCUGGGACUAAGUUCCGAAUUUUGGCUACCAUGAAUCCUGGUGGUGACUUUGGAAAGAAAGAGCUGUCUCCUGCCCUGCGUAACAGAUUUACAGAGAUUUGGUGCCCACAGAGUAAUGAUCGGCAAGAUAUUUUGGACAUAAUUAAACACAAUCUGAAUGUUCGAUUAUGUCUUGACUCCACCGACAGCAGUGAUGGUGGUAUAGCUGAGCUGAUUAUUGACUUCAUUGAAUGGCUUAUCAACCAAGAAUUUGGUCGACGUUGCAUACUUAGUAUUCGGGACAUACUUUCCUGGGUGAAUUUUAUCAAUGUCACAGCAGAUGAUAUGUCGGUUAAA